AUGGCAGCACCACAAGGGGGUUUCCCUCCCCAGGAAGGGUAUGGCCAACCCGCCUAUGGCUCCCCAGAACCCACACAGUCCCCGAUCCCUGGGCAAGGUGCGCCCGCACCUGCCGCAGCUGGCGGAAAAAAGAAGAGAGCGUACGCUGGCGAAGCCUUCGAUUUUGGCUCCGGUGCUAAUGCUGCGCUUGGUGGACAACCCACCGCCGGGGGUGCCUACGGAUCCUACGCUCAGCAGCCUCAAGCCGCAGGAUAUCAACAACCCGCCUACGGUGCGGACCCCAGCCAGAUGCAGCAGCCCAUUGCACCAGCAUAUGGCGCGCCUGUCGCUGCUGAUGUCACGCAGAUGACACAGCAAUUCGGUGGAAUGGGCAUGAGUGAGCCACAUCACAUGCCACCCCCGCAGCCUGUAGCUCAAGCCGCUAUGCGGCCUCAAGUCCAACUCAACCAGCUCUAUCCCACGGACCUCCGAUCCCAACCUUUCAAUGUUGCUGAGCUGGAUUACCCUCCCCCUCCUGUCAUUUUGCCUCCAGGAACUAGUGUUUACCCAUCGCCCGACGCCAAUUGCCCUACGAAAUAUAUGCGGUCUACGCUCAAUGCUGUCCCCACAACCAAUUCACUUCUGAAGAAGUCAAAGUUGCCCUUCGCCCUCGUUAUUCAACCGUAUGCCGCUCUUCACGACGCCGAAGACCCGAUUCCUGUGAUUCCAGACCAAGUCAUCUCCAGAUGCCGACGUUGCCGCUCCUAUAUCAACCCCUUCGUCACCUUCCUCGACCAUGGCCACCGCUGGCGUUGUAACAUGUGUAACUUGACCAACGAUGUACCUCAGGCUUUCGAUUGGGAUUCCACGCUGCAGAAGCCCGCUGAUCGCUCCCUGCGCGCCGAUCUCAAUCACAGCAUGGUGGAAUUCGUUGCACCGCAGGAAUACAUGGUCCGACCACCUCAGCCUCUGGUCUACUUGUUCUUGAUUGACGUGAGCUACUCAUCCGUGACCAACGGCCUCUUGGCCACCACCGCUCGCACCAUUAAGGAGAGCCUCGACCGCAUUCCCAACGCCGAUCGACGGACUCGCCUCGGCUUUAUUGCGGUGGACUCAAGCCUGCACUAUUUCAGCAUUCCUCGGGAUCAGUCAGAGACCUCAGACCCACGAAUGUUGGUAGUCAGUGAUCUAGAUGAGCCCUUCCUCCCCAUCCCCGGUGAUCUCCUUGUGACGCUGAGCGAAUGCCGAGAGAACAUCGAGAUUUUCCUCGACAAACUGCAGGAAAUGUUCCAGAAUACCCAGAACAACAGCUGCGCCAUGGGCUCCGCAUUGCGUGCUGGUUACAAGUUGAUUUCCCCCGUCGGUGGAAAGAUGACCGUUCUGAGCUCGUCAUUGCCCAACAUUGGCCACGGAGCACUCACUAUGAGAGAAGACAAGAAGGUGCUGGGUACCAGCAAGGAAUCGAGUCUGCUUCAGACGGGUAACUCCUUCUACAAGAGUUUUGCCGUCGAAUGUUCAAAAGCGCAAGUGUCUGUGGAUAUGUUCCUCUUCUCAUCGCAAUACCAGGAUGUGGCCUCUUUAAGCUGUCUACCCCGCUACACUGGUGGUCAGACCUACUUUUAUCCAGCCUGGAAUGCUGCACGGAGCGAAGAUGCUAUUAAGUUCGCCCGUGAGUUCUCCGACUACCUGUCUUCGGAGAUCGGUCUGGAGGCCGUCCUCCGUGUGCGUGCCACCACUGGUUUGCGUAUGAGCACCUUCUACGGCAACUUCUUCAACCGUAGCUCCGAUCUUUGUGCCUUCCCAGCCUUCCCUCGUGACCAGGCCUACGUGGUCGAGGUGGCCAUUGAUGAAACGGUCACAAAACCGGUCGUCUGCAUGCAGGCGGCUGUCCUUCACACUACCUGCAACGGUGAACGUCGCAUUCGUGUCUUGACCCUAGCGCUGCCAACGACCCAGAACUUGUCAGAUAUCUAUGCUUCGGCCGACCAGCAGGCCAUUGCUACAUUCUUCAGUCACAAGGCCGUCGAGCGCACAUUGAGCAGCGGCCUCGAGCCCGCUCGUGAGGCUCUUCAGGCCAAGAUUGUGGAACUUCUGCAGACAUACCGCAAGGAGCUUGCGGGUGGCAGUGUCAGCGGUGGUGGCCUCCAGUUCCCAGCCAAUCUCAGAGCCUUGCCUGUACUGUUCCUUGCUAUGAUCAAGAACCUUGGUCUACGCAAGUCCGCCCAGAUCCCCACGGAUAUGCGAUCCGCAGCGCUCUGCCUCCUGUCGACACUACCCCUGCCGCUUCUCAUCCAAUACGUCUACCCCAAGAUGUACUCACUCCAUGAUAUGCCCGACAAUGCGGGUGUCCCUGAUGAACAAACGGGCGAAAUCGUUCUGCCCCCUCCCGUCAACUUAUCCUCAGCCCGCCUUGUGCCCUACGGUCUAUACCUCAUCGAUGAUGGCCAGACCCAGUUCCUCUGGGUUGGACGUGAUGCUGUCCCCCAGCUCAUCGAGGAUGUAUUUGGUGUCCCCGACAAGUCGCAGUUGCGAGUGGGUAAGCAAACCCUCCCUGAAGUCGAGAACGAGUUCAGCCAGCGUGUGCGGUCCGUGGUCGAGAAGAGUCGAGAUCACCGGGCCAAGGGUGUGGGUAGCAUGAUUGUGCCUCACCUAUAUGUGGUUCGCGAGGAUGGCGAGCCCAGCUUGCGUUUGUGGGCCCAGACAAUGCUGGUUGAGGACCGUGCCGAUCAAAGCGUCAGCUUGGAUCAGUGGAUGGGUACUUUGCAGGAGAAGGUUUGA